GAGAGUGCUUGGAAAGCGUCAAUGAUUAUACUGGUUUUGAGGGAAGAUUGACCACUUGGCCGGUAAUGUGUCCAUCCCGGCAGCUGAAGAGCAAGUUACUAAAUUUGGGUUGCUGCUGUGCUAACUUUGGCCGACACAUUUUCGAGGAGCUGCCGCCUGCCUGUUGGGCCUGGAGUUAAAAGUGUCCGCAGCAACUUGUUACGGUCGUGUUUGUCGGCCCUGUCUGCAGAGCUGCGAGCUGGGGGACGGAGCUCGGUGUGCACCAGAGGAGGAAAGCCCCGCUCUACAGCCCCGGUGUCAGCGUGUGCGUGUGGCCGCCUGGUGAAGCCUGACUUGUGGAGAGACGCGCAGCGAUGGAUCGCCUUGCCACAGUGGAAGAUUAUAAGGCAGCCAUGCUGCUGAGCGGGGUGGGUGAUGCUCUGGGCUACAGGAACCAGCUGUGGGAGUACAACGAGUCAGGGCCAGCCAUUCAUCAGGAGCUAAAGGAGCUUGGUGGGCUGAAGAACAUCAAGGUCCACCUCCCUGAUUGGCCGGUGAGCGAUGACACUGUUCUGCAUCUGGCAACGGCUGAGGGACUGGCGACUGGGAAGGCAGGGGAUGAGCUGCUGCACGAGGUGGCCAGCCGCUACGUCGAGGGGAUGAAAGACAUGGAGGGGAGGAAACCAGGGCCCUCAAGCAUUUUGGGCGUGUCCCAGCUGAGGCCAGGGGAGGAGGGGGGAUUCAGAGUGCCCUAUAACCCGGAGGGGACGGGCUGCGGAGCGGCCAUGAGAUCCAUGUGCAUCGGCCUGAGGUAUCCAAAGCCCGACCAGCUGUUGUCGUUGGUGGCGGUUGCCGUGGAGACAGGCAGGAUGACCCACCCUCACCCCACCGGUUUCCUGGGAGCCGUAGCAUCAGCCCUCUUCACCUCGUAUGCCGUGCAGCGCCGGCCAGUCACCACCUGGGGUCUGGGCCUGAUCAACGAGGCCUGUCCUAUAGCCAAGCUUUUUGUUCAGGGCCGCGGCUUCGCUGUCGAGGAGACGGAGAGAGACUGGGGCUACUUCUGCGACAAGUGGCAGUGGUACCUGGACUUAAGGGGCAUCUCCAAUGGGGUGGGCCCCGUGGUUUGGCCCUCCUCUUAUGGCCCGGCUGAGAGAGACGAGGCUUAUAAGAGCUUCAGCCUGUCUGGCUGGGCGGGACGAAGUGGCCACGAUGCUCCAAUGAUCGCCCUGGAUGCCUUGCUGGGGUCGGGCUCAAACUGGGAGGAGCUGAUGAGCAGGGCUGGCUUCCAUGGAGGCGACAGUGACAGCACCGCCGUGAUCGCCUGCUGCUGCUGGGGUCUCCUCUAUGGCACCCAAGGGGUUCCUGAGGGCAACUAUGCCAACCUGGAGUACCGGGAGCGUCUGGAGCGCAGUGCCGAGAAACUCUACGCCCUGUCACACUGAAAAGACCGGCGCAGUCUGCUGCGCUUGCCAGGGUGUCUCAGUUUGUCACAUGCCUGUCGCGCUGAGGGGAAUCUGGGCCACACACUCUGACACACUGACAUAGAAGUAGGUGGUGAGCUCGGUAGUACAUUGAUCUAGAGUGCUGUCAUGUAGUAGAAAACGCGCUGCCAUGCUAGCCUGAGGGGGACCAGAGUGUCCCACUAACCCAGAGAACAGCGAUUUCCACUGCCUCAACAGGGACUCGUGAUACUGGGAGUGAGACUGGUGUGAGAGGAGGGGUCCCCCUGGUGACCAUGUCGACUGCAGGUGUAGAGCUGUACUACUGAGCCCAAUGAUUCAUACUUAAUGAAAAUGUGAAACUGGUACAAAAAGCACCCAAGGGGAUAAUUAUUCAUUUUCUGUCAAACUGAUUUAUGAGCUAACGUUUAGUGCGUGUCAAAUGAAAUGCAGCCUUGUUAUUGUCUAAUGAAACAAAUUAAUUUGUCUCAUUGUAUUUGUUUACUGUUACUUCACGCAGUGCAGAGCAAAAACAUAACGUAAAAAAAAAAGUAAUCUGGAGAAGCAGAAUUAAUGCAAUAAAUCAAGCAAACAAA